AUACCUCUGCUCCAAUUAGGGUUUCUUUUUUGUCAAUGGUCAGGGUUUUCACUAUAAAAACAUGUGACAUGAAAAUCUCCAGAAGCCCUCCUCCUCACGGCUACUCCUUAGACAUUUCUGUCCAGCCGCUGCUGCUGUGAGAGGAUGAAGCACAACAAUGAGAUCACGGGAUCACACUUCAGGAAGCAGUGGCAGAACGAUGUUAAGACAUGGUUUAACCAACCUGCCAGAAAAACUAGGAGACGUGUUGCGAGACAGGAGAAAGCAGUGACGAUCUUCCCUCGUCCCACCUCUGGACCUCUCCGUUCUGUUGUUCAUGGCCAGACUCUCAAGUACAACAUGAAAGUCAGAGCCGGUAAAGGCUUCACCCUCGAGGAGCUUAAGGCCGCUGGUAUCGCAAAGAAGUUGGCUUCAACAAUUGGAAUUUCAGUUGAUCACCGUCGUAGGAACCAUUCCUUGGAGGGUCUUCAAUCCAACGUGCAAAGGCUAAAGACUUACAAGGCCAAGUUGGUUGUGUUCCCUCGCCGUUCCCGUGUCGUCAAGGCUGGUGAUUCUACUCAAGAGGAGCUUGCUAAUGCAACUCAAGUCCAAGGAGAUUACAUGCCUAUUGCUAGUGAGAAGAUUGCCAUGGAGCUUGUGAAGGUGACUGCUGAUAUGAAGGCAUUCAAGGCUUAUGACAAGAUCCAUCUUGAGAGAACUAACAAACGCCAUGCUGGUGUCAGAGCCAACAGAGCUGCCGAUGCUGAGAAAGAAGAGAAGAAAUAAGAGAUUGCUUGCUUUUUUAAGACCUUAAAAAUCCAUUCUUGAGUUUCUUGAUUUUGAGUAAGACUUGUUUUCUUGGGAUCUAUCAUUCCUUAGAUCUUCAUCAUUUCUGGUAUUUGGAUUAUCUUAGAACAUUUUAUUAUUUACCUCAAAAUAAUGCAAGUUUAUGAUUUGCUCCAUUUGUUUUCUUCAGUUUUUCCUUCA